GUAAAUGCAAGCGGCCAUAUUAUACUAGUAAACACUCAGAGCAGCAUUAGUUUGUUUACACUGUGAGCUGCAGACAUAUCUUUACUCAAACUCUCUGUGUAACGCUGUGUAUUAGUGUGUGAGGAUGAGUGGCGGUACGCCGUAUAUCGGCAGUAAGAUCAGUUUGAUCAGUAAAGCUGAGAUCCGUUAUGAGGGAAUUUUGUACACCAUCGACACGGACAACUCCACCGUCGCGCUUGCCAAAGUGCACUCUUUUGGCACUGAGGACCGCCCCACUGACCGCCCCAUCGCACCCAGGGGUGAAACGUUUGAGUACAUCAUAUUCAGGGGAAGUGACAUCAAAGAUCUGACUGUGUGUGAACCCCCCAAACCAACAUGCUCCCUGCCUCAGGACCCUGCCAUUGUUCAGUCUUCUUUGGGAUCUUCCAUUGCCCCACCAUCAGCCUUCCAGUCAGGAAACUCCUAUGGGCUCUUCAGCUGCCCACCAGUUGCCCCCUACAGCCAGUUCAACACCAGCCCACUGCUCUUGCCACAGUUUGGGGCUGUUGGAGUGGGUCAUACCAGUCCAGUGCUGGACCCCCUGAGAAAGAUCCCUCCGGCAGAGCCUACCGCCCCAUCAGCCCCUGUUGCAGCCACCACCACUGCACCCCCAGCAUUGACCCGCAAGAGUCCUGUGCUUACUCGCUCGACGUCCACCAACACCCAGCAACCUGUGGACCUGUUAGAGCAGAGGAGAGCUGCUGGUCCCCUGGCUGCUCGCCGGGGUUGCGACGGAGGUCAUCGCGGUAAAGGUCGAUUUCCUGUCAGGAGAGAAGGACCCAUGAAGUUUGAGAAAGACUUUGACUUUGAGAGUGCCAAUGCACAGUUCAACAAAGAUGAGAUUGACAAAGAGUUCCAGAGCAAACUCAAACUGAAAGAUGAGAAGUGUGAGAAGGCUUUGAAUGGUGAGGAAAAGGGUGAGUCAGGAGUGGACACUCAGAAAAGUGAAAGAAACGCUGAUGAGGAUUCACUCGGAGCAAAAUGCUACUACGAUAAAUCCAAAUCAUUCUUUGACAACAUCUCAUGUGACGAUACCAGGAAGGUGGCUGAGAGGUCUGUAGGAUCAGGUUACCCCAGAAUGAGGAGGCAGACGUGGGCGGAGGAGCAGCGGAUGAAUGCUGAGACAUUUGGCAUCCCGUUACGGCACGGCCGGGGUCGUGGGGGCUUCAGAGGUCGCUGGGGCAUAGGCUUCAGAGGUGGCUGGGGCCGUGGCAUCAGUCGAGGGUCGUUUGGAUCUUACAGUGGCGGAAGUGGGUUUAGAGGAGGAUUCAGAGGAAGUCAAGGAGGAAGAGAGUUCUCUGACUUCGAGUACAGGAGGGAUAACAAAGCAGCUGCGUAGUGAUGGGGGACGGAUCCAGAAGACCUGAUAUAUGUUUAGGGUAAUACAUUUCAGGACACAAAUUUUGAUGAGAAUGUGUGUAGCAAAUCUGUCACCAGCACUGGGGUUCCUUUGUCUGAAACCUGGAUGUAAAUCAAGUGUCUACUCCAUUUUUUUAAGGAGUGGAUCCAAUGCAGUUUUUUUAAUUGUUGAAUUUGAGCUGAAUAUUUCCAGAUGAUUUCAAAUAUAUUAUCACUUCUGAGGGACUUUUAUUUUUUAUUUUUACUUCCCAUACUGUGUAAAAUAACUUGUUAGUAUACACAUAACAUUCUGUGAUGACUUAGAUCACAUACAUAGAUUUUUUUUAGUUAUACAAUAUCUUAGUCAACACUUAGCAUCCCUUUUUCUUUUCCUUAGCUAUUUUGGAAGUAUAAAAUAUCUUUGGAUUUAUCAGUCCUUGUACGAGGUCUGUAGUUUACGAUGAGAUAAAGCUGUUAAAGAUAAGUGCUAAAAGGUAAGUUUCAGUAUUGAUAAAAUUUUGCUCAGAGAUUUUAGAAUAAAUUACAACUUGGAAAUGCUAUCUUUGGGAAAACUAUUACUUUUCAAAUAUGAAAUGGACACGAAACAGUCCUGUCUAUGCAAAGUGACCUCAGUAGGUUUAUAUAUUAUAUGGAUUUACAUUUUACGAGGCACACUUUACUAUAUAUAGCACUUUGUAGCAGAUAUUUGCUGAUGUGUAAAUGUCAUAUCUUUCCUAAGAAAAUAAUGCUACUUGGUGUAUCUACAAUCUAUGCUGCAGUUACUUUGACAAUAUUUACCUUCUUGUCAAUUUUGAACAUUUUGAUCACUUUCUAUAUGGCUGUCAUUGAAAUUUUAGCCCGUAUUCUUCAUAAACUCAAUGUCAUGAUGGGAAAACAGAGUGGUUUCUGAUCCAGUUUUAGUCUCUACACUGGUCCAAGAGCUAGCAGAAAAGUUUGCAAGACUUUAUGAAGGUUUACAUAUUUGUAUGAGAUUUGUAACCGAGCACUACUUUUCCAGAUGAUAAUUUUACUGUUUAAUGUGAAUGCAAAGCCAGCUUGUUUAAAUCACAGAAUGCAGUCAAUUUUAUGCAAUUUUCUUUUCUGUCCUUGUCACAAAAAUUGGAGGUUUAAGUGGCCAGUUUUUCCUUUUUCUAUCCACUCACUUUAGAUCUGGUUUUCAAUAGCUAUGGUUAUGGUUGUUAGCAUCGCUGCAAAAAUGUAUUAUUUUGUCUUGUUUAAUGUCUGUUGAUAAUGAAAUAAACUUUGAUUCCAUAUUGUAGCAUAUUAAAGUGCAAGUACUUCAGAGCUCAGGGAUCAACAUUAUACUACAAAUGCUGUCGAUUAAGGGUUGCUUGUACUAAAACUGGAACUUUGCUUUAAUCUGACAAGAAUGAAUCUUUCUAAUAUGUCUUAGCACAUGGAUAUUAAUAAUAUAAUUAAUUUAUAGGCACAAGUAAUGGAACUGUGUAAAAUAAAUGGGACUAUAUUAUGAUUUCUGUGCGGGGGGUGAAUCCAUUAAUCUUGACACUUCAGAAUUUAUAUUUUGAAUUAAUGAUGCAUUUAGUGCCAGAACCUUUCUUUUAUAGGUGUUUUACAUUUAUACCUGUGUAAAGGGGAAAAUGCUGCAUGCAAGUUUUGUCAGAAACAACCAAUGUGAGGCAAUGCUUGAGGCAAAUACUGUUUGGGAAACGUCUUGAUAUAAAACACCAAUAUUUUUAUCAAGGUUGUUAUAUACACAUUUCUUUUUAGCCCCAGCUUGUUUUUGUUCACAACUACAUGUAGAGGUUUUUACUAGAUGCAAAAAUAAACCGUUUACUCAC